CUCCAACACAUCUAGAAAACCCACAACUGAGCAAUGGCAAAAUUAGUGGAGUGUGUCCCCAAUUUCUCUGAAGGUAACAACAAAGAGGUGAUAGAGGCGAUCGGCCAGGCCAUCUCUCAGACAAAGGGCUGCGUGCUCCUGGACACAGAUGCAGGCCCUUCCACCAAUCGGACGGUUUACACUUUUGUGGGGAGUCCCGAAGCUGUUGUAGAGGGCGCCUUGAACGCAGCCAGAACAGCCUUUCAGCUCAUUGACAUGGCAAAACAUAAAGGUGAACAUCCUCGGAUGGGAGCCCUGGAUGUUUGCCCAUUCAUCCCAGUGAGGAACGUUGCUAUGGAAGAAUGUAUUCACUCUGCCAAUCUCUUUGGAAAGCGGUUAGCAGAUGAACUGCAUGUGCCUGUGUAUCUGUAUGGCGAAGCAGCACUGAAGGAAAGCAGACGCUCUUUACCAGCCAUCCGAGCAGGAGAGUAUGAAGGCCUCCCCAAGAAACUCAGAGAGGAAGAAUGGAUUCCUGAUUUUGGUCCUGCAACCUUUGUUCCAAGAUGGGGAGUGACAGUAACAGGUGCACGGAAAUUCCUCAUAGCGUAUAAUGUCAAUUUGCUGUGCACAAAGGAGCUGGCACACCGGAUAGCACUUAAUAUUCGGGAGCAGGGCCGUGACAAGGACCAGCCUGGGCGAUUGAAGCAGGUGCAAGGCAUAGGCUGGUAUUUGGAGGAGGAAAAUAUUGCUCAAGUUUCUACAAAUGUGUUGGAUUUUGAAACUACUCCCCUUUACAUGGUUUAUGAGGAGGUCUGUAGUGAUGCCAAGAAAUUAAAUCUGCCAGUGGUGGGAUCUCAGCUUGUGGGUCUAGUUCCCAAGAAGGCCAUGUUGGAUGCAGCAGAAUUUUAUAUUAAGAAAGAAAAUCUAUUCAUCUUUGAGGAAGAUCAUAAAGUCAGACUGGUUAUCAACCGCUUGGGCCUAGAUUCUUUGUCUCCAUUCAAUCCCAAGGAGCGCAUAAUUGAGAACAUGAUACAGGAGAGCAAAGAGAGUGGAAACCUGUUAUUGUUGCCCCUUCACACAUUCGUGCAGAAAGUUGGUGCAAGAUCAGCUGCUCCUGGAGGAGGAUCAGUAUCAGCCACAAUAUCAUCUUUGGGGGCAGCUCUGGGCUGCAUGGUGGGGUUGAUGACCUAUGGAAAGCGUCAGUUUGAGGAACUAGACUCAGUUAUGAGGCACCUAAUCCCUCCAUUCCAUCAGGCCAUGAAUGAACUAGCAGUCAUGGUGGACACAGAUGCCUUAGCUUUCAGCACUUACAUGGAUGCUAUGAAGCUUCCUAGGAACACACCUGAGGAAAAAGAGAGGAGAACAGUAGCCAUGCAGCUACAGCUGAAAAAUGCAGUUGGCAUCCCCUUUUCUGUGGCAGAAAAAGUUGACUCCUUGUGGCCUUUUCUAAAAGGAAUGGCUCAGCAUGGAAACUUAGCCUGCAAGUCAGAUAUUCAGGUGGCAGCUAAAGCUUUAGAAGCUGGUGUGUUUGGUGCUUAUUUCAAUGUUGUCACCAACCUGAAAGAUAUAACAGAUGAAGGUUUUAAGCAAGAGGUGCAUGGGAAAAUCUCCCAUUUCUUGGAAGAAGCCAAGAAAAGUACAGCAUUUGUGCUGGAGCAGCUGGAGAAGCGGACAAUUUGAAACUAUUGCUCAUCUGACAACAGAUCAUUAUAUAAAAGGCAUCUGUGCGCUGAUGUACUAUCAGUAUUAUGUCGCAGUGAUCCUAUAUAUGGUCAUCCUAUUUUUGCAUUGUAAUUAUAAUACUGGUCCUUUGGUGGAAUGUAGUCACAACAGUCUUCUUUUGUGGGAGUUGUAUUAGCAAGUAUCAAAUAAAGCUGUA